AUGAUUAGAACAGCUGCGCUCAAUGGUGCGACGCACGACGCCGAGCGCAAGAUCCUCGACGAUAUCGAGCACCAGUUCCAGCUCGGCCAGGAUGCUCUCAUCAAGAUUACCGAACAGUUUCUCGAGGACUUUCGUCUCGGGUUAGGAGACUACAAUCACCCGAUGGCCAUGAUCCCUACCUUUGUCACGGGUGUACCGGAUGGCACAGAAACUGGCACUUUCCUAGCUCUUGAUCUGGGGGGAACAAACCUACGAGUUUGUGAAGUUACGCUGUUGGGGAACCACGACUUUCGCCUGCGACAGCAGAAAUACAAAGUCUCAGAGGCGUUGAAAACAGGCGAAGCUACUGUCCUGUUCGACUACCUGGCCGAUUCCGUGGAUGCAUUCCUCACGGAAUUCUCCAGUGCAACUGGCUCUCCGGUCUCAACAUCCGUUGCUAAUCCCUUCGAUUCUCCAACCGAGGUUCCACUUGGUCUAACUUUCAGUUUCCCCGUCGAGCAAACCGCACUGAACGAAGGCAAGAUACUCACAUGGACCAAAGGUUUUGCAGCAAAGAACGCGAUCGGAAACGAUGUUGUGCGCCUAUUGCAAGAUGCAUUCGAUAGGAAGCAUCUACAUGUCAGAUGUGUCGCUCUUGUGAAUGAUACAGUCGGCACCCUUUUGUCCCGUGCAUAUACCGCUGGGUCGUGUUUACUAGGUGGAAUCUUUGGCACGGGAACAAAUGGAGCGUUCGUCGAACAAGUCAGUAACAUUACCAAACUGGGUAACUCUCCAGCCCGUACAAAGGGCGGUGUCAUGAUUGUCAAUACUGAAUGGGGAGCCUUUAACAACACGCGUACGACACUGCCUACGACGCCAUACGAUAACAAGCUCGAUCGUGAAUCGAUCAACCCACGUAAACAAGCCUUCGAGAAAUUCAUCUCAGGCAUGUAUCUUGGCGAAAUCACCCGCAACAUUUUGCUUUCGCUCAUCGAUGCAUCACCACGGCCUCUUCUUUUCGACGGCUCCUCUAGUGCACCUUUGAACACUCAUUACGGGCUCGACACGGCGAUCAUAAGCGAGGUCGAGUACGCAUGGGAAUCAGGACGUGGAGAUGAGGUGGCACCACAGAAGUCGAGUGGGUCGAAGCCAAACUGGCAAUCAGCACAUUUCACGGAUGUGGACGCUCUGUCCCCGCAAGACAUCGCACGGCUCGAGCGCAUACGGGAUAUCCUCAUACAGAGGCUCCAGCUUGCGCCUGAGAAUGUCACGCUUCGAGACGCGGCGAUUGUGCGUUGGGCGGCGUCUCUCGUUGCAAACCGCGCGGCCAGAUUGAGCGCGACGGCGAUUGCGGCCGUUCUCGUACAGACCAGCCACGCUAAACUUGGGGGCGGAACCCCAGAACCGAAGGAGAACAUCGUUGUCGGUGUAGAUGGAAGUUUGAUCCAGCACUACCCCAACUUCCAGACACGUCUACGCGCGUCCCUCCAGUCGCUGGUUGGAGAAGCCGUCGAGAAGCGCGUCGAGAUCGAUCUGGCAAAGGACGGCAGCGGGGCAGGAGCGGCGCUCUGUGCUCUACAGGCCAUCAAACAGGGACUAUGA